CGCAGCAAUGCCAUUACAUCGCCUCUGUAUAGCCGUUUUCCUUUGUAUGGUUGUCACAAGUAUAAUUUGCAGCCACAACGACGAAGAUAACUUAUAUGAUUCCUAUGAAGAUACAAGCAGCCAGAAAAAUGAAUAUGAAUACCAUCGAACGAAUGACGGAACGAAUCACAAGAAGGGUGGCGUAGUACUUGAUAUAGUAAAGUUCAUGAACACAACGGAACCAAUAUGGGUUUACAACUCUAGUCAAUCUACGCAGUUGUCAUGCAAGGUGGACGUCGUUCAUAAUAUAACCAAUAAUAGCAGCUACAUCACCAGAUAUUACCUAUCAAACGAAUCCGUAAAUCACUAUACCUUUUUAGCAGAUCUCCUGACUAACACAGACUUCCUUGACCACACUGAGAUGCCAAACGAAAUGAAAGUUAUAAAUGAAGAAUGUGACACUCAAUUUGAGACACUAACUUACCAGAGCCUCGACAACAAAUGCGCAGUUUUCUUGGUAAACUUCGGGAGCAACGUCACAGAUUCACCUCAAUGGUAUGAACUUCGAGUGAAAAAUUCUUCUCUAGCAAGUGGGCCAAAUCCGGAGUGCAUCGAGGAAUAUGUUGAUGCUCUUUCUACUAGGCAAACGUCACACUUUAACUAUAGUUCCCAAUGUGAAUGCAUAUUUCAAUAAAAGCAUACAAGAGAUUGGAAA